UUUCCCCUGCUACUUCAACCACCGAAAGAUGCUGAGGAAAAGCGUGGACAGGGUGACUUGCGCAGUAUGGGUUCGUCAUCUCUUUACCAAGUCAAGAAUUCCAGAGUCGGUGUUUCAGCCACGACCUGGAGAUCAUGAAAAGUAUGGAGGUGACCCUGACCAGCCACACAAAAUCCACAUUGUUACUAGGAUAAAAGGCGUACUUGGUCGCCCGUAUUGGGAAAAGAAGAUAAUACGUGAUCUUGGACUAGAUAAAGCACAUCAGCCAAGACUGCACAAAAACAUCCCUUCUGUGAAUUCCAAACUGAAAGUUGUUAAACAUCUGAUCAGAAUACAGCCACUGAAACUGCCUCAUGGGUUGCCAACUGAAGAGGAAAUGUCAGACACCUUUCUCACGAGCAAGGGGGAGCUUGUAAUUAAACGGCGUCUGAAACCUGUGGAACAGAAAGAAAUUAAGGCAUGAGGUGUGCUGGCUGGACUUAUAUUUUGUAAAAUAAAUAAUUUAACUCCUGAAUUAGAACUCCUGAGUUGUGUGUAUGAACACUAAGCUUAAUGCUUAGCCUAACUGCUACAAAUGGCAAAGGUGCCCCUGAUGCUCAAAAGGCCUGUAGAAAAAUUACUUGUAUACAAAUGUAAAAUUUAGGGUUGCUAAUGUUUGCCCAGAAUAUUAAAUGAAUGAUAAACUUUCUUUCCUAGUUAGUGUGUUUCCCAGUUAACAGUAAAGGUUUAAAAAUAAGGUGCAUUAUUUCACAUUUUCUGCCCUAAGAAAGGAUUGAAAAGCCCUCUGUUUACUAAUUCCAAAAUAAUUGACUGGCCGUCCAACUGAUAGGAUCAUUGAUGGAGGCAGUUAUGGAGCCAACAGUCUGUUAUCUGGCCUCCCGUGUAGCCUCAGAGGCUCUAUCUGAACUCUGUUGGGAGCAACAGAAGGAGUGAUUCAAGUCUUUGUAGGUUAUAUAAUUUGUCUUUUGGGGAACGUGUUCUGUUACUGCAUACGUAUUUCUUGAUUCUGAAUGUUUAGCAGCGAUAGCCUAAGAGCCUUAGUCUAUGUGGAAGUUAAUGCUUUUCCUGUGCUCGCACUGUAGACUUCAGAAAUCUGGAGAUGCUGAAGCAUUACCUAUUUGUUGAAGUUAGUAAUUAUGGGCCCUACGCUCAGAGUGCUACCUUUCACUGAAGGAUCUUGAAUUGUACAGUGUGCAGAGAUUUCAAGAAUAUCUCUAUUUACAGUUUAAGGAUUGUGGUCAAAAUCAGAAAGCUGCUGCUAUUAUCAAAUGAUAAAGUAGUUUUCAUUCCAGUGAGUGUAAAGUCGGCAGUUUACCAAACUGUGAGCCUCUCCCACACUGGACAAACUGUAGAGGAGUUAGUCUUAAUGACUGUAUGUUGUGAGAAGAUCAGAGGGAUACAGUGGCUGAAAAUGAAAGUUUAUCCUGUCUGCUUGCUUGCAGGGAAGAGUAAACACCAGUAGGAGUUCACAGGAAUAGAGAUAUCAGUAGAGGGACACAAAUGCUAGAGGUACUCUGUGCAGGAGAAGAGAAAAGAAGGAUAAGCUGCAGUAGUGGUAUUGAAGAGUUUAGUGAGUCCUACAGGCAGGCCAAAGGCAGAUAUGCAAAGUUCAGCUGAAGAAUCUCAAUUUCUCAACAAGCUACAGGCUAUAGUUGGAAGGACACAGAAAAUAUUGACCCCGGCCUAAACGAUAUCGAGUAGCAAGGAAAAAAUAAGGCAGGCAAAUGAAUGUUGCUUUCCACCACUAUCCAGAUAUUUGCAUAGCACGCUGCCGUGCAAAACACUACGAUUCUACAAUCUCUGUUGUGUGGUGUUUACCUUGUUCUCAAUGGAACUUGCGUAGUAAAUCCGGAGGUUCAGCCCUUCUGAAGGAAUUGUGGAGUGCAUCCAAGGUACUGGGCAUGCUUAAAGGAGAUGGCAGAAUUACUAGGACUGAGGAAAUUGGGCAUAUGGGUCUUGUUCCUGAGGGACAGCAAAUGCAACAUUUGUACCAGGAGUGGCUGCCUAGAAUACCAAAGGCAGGAUCUCAGCCUGACCAAGGAGGUUCAGGGUUUGUGUCCCUGUCUCUGCAGCCUGGUGAAUCUCCAACAGAGGGAGCGCUGCCAGUUCUGUCAUACACAGUAGGUGUACAAAUAAGAGAUCUCUUGAUUUGUUACCCACUGUGGAUGCCACGGCCUACUGAAGUACUUCAGUGUGAACUGAAAAGCAUAAUUAGUGAACAGAAAAUUAGGAGGAAAAGCGUAAUUAGUGAACAGAAAAUUAGGAGGAUGCUUGCUUGCUACUAUGCACAAUUCAAAAUGUAUAUGAUAAACUAUCUACUUAGAGCUAAUCAUUGCCUUCUAAGUACAGAGAAUAGAAAAUGCUUUAGAUAGCGUCUGUAUUUCUGGGUAGGAUUUAGCUACAAGAGACAUCUACUACUAUCUUUCACUGGCAAACUGGCAGUUUUCAUAAAAAAGGAAAUUGUAUUUUCUUGAAAUUCUUAAGGUAUUGGUAAGCUUGGGUGUUUUUGAAUUUGUAUGUACUCCUCUGUCAGGACUGUCUUACAGUCAAUCUGUGAUGCAUAUUUUCCAAACCUUCUCUCCAUAAACAUACAUUCAGUAAAGAUUUGCUCUUUGGUCUAAAGCCUGAACAAACUAGAACUUAUACACACGUUAUGUUUCUGCGUAAUUUGAUUAGUGGAGUAUUGUCCUUUGUCCUUCCUGAAGCGCAGAUAAGACAAACUGUCAUUUUGCACAGGGAACAAACAGGAUAACUCAACAUUACAGGAUAAUUCAGGUUGGAAGGCACCUCGUGAGGUCUUUAGUGCAAUCUGCUGCUCAAAGCAGGGCCAGCUCUAAGAUCUGACCAGGUUGCUCAGGGCUUUAUCUAGUCAGGUCUUGAAAACCCCCAAGGACAGAGACUGCUCAGCCUUCUUGGCAGCCUGCUCCACUGCUUGUCUGCUGCAUGGGGAAGAAGUGCUUCCUUGUGUCCAGUCUGAACUUUUCUUGCUUCAACUUAGGCCUGCUAUCUCUCGCCCUCCAGGCAUGACCCACUGUGAGGAACUUGGCUCCAUCUUUGCAAUGACCCCUUGUAGAUGCUGGGGGGCUGUUUGGUACCCCCGAAGCCAUCCUUUCCCUGGGUUGAACAAGUCCAGUCCUCCAGCCUCCCUGCAGGGGGCAAGUGCUCCAGCCCCAACCAUCUCCAUGGCCUUCUAUUGAACACGCUCUAGUUAACUUAUGUAUUUUUUUGUAUUGGGGGGGUGUGUGUAAAACAGGACACAGUGCUAUAGUGUGGUCUAACAAGUGCUGCAUAGAGGGGGUUAAUUCCUUCCCUUGAUGGGGCUGUGCUCCUCUUUGUGCAGCGUGCUCUUGGUAUCUGUGGCCUUUUGCUACCCAGGCACACUGCUGGUUCGUGUGCAGUUUGCUUGUUGCGCAGGAGCCAUUCGCCACGUACGUCUGCCGUAGCACUCAUGGUAUAUUCAAAUAUAGCUUUGGUGCAAUAUCUGGAAGUGAUAGAGAAAUGAACAUAUAUAGAAACACAUUGUUAAAGGAAAAAAAAAUCUCGGGUGCAGAAUAGUAAUAUUAACUAUACAAAAUGCACCAUGUUGCAAAACCAAUGUUCCUUUUCCUAUUUCUCCUUUAGCCCUUACUGAUAGGCUUGGUUUUUUGGCUACUCCAAGCCACCUACUUGUCUUCCUUGUAGCUUGAGAUGGCUGAAUUAACCCAAGGGAUCAGAGGCCAAGUCCCCUCAAAUGCUUUAAAAUAUGAUAUAUUAAAAGAAUGUUUAUUAUGCAUGAACUUGCAUCAGAUUUUAUAAACCACAUGCGAUUUUAAAAACAUGUUGUACUGUAGAUAUUCUUACCCCAAAUUCUGAAUCUACAUGAAUAUAUACCUUCAAUAAAAGUAUUCCUUACAACAGCUUGAGUUUGACAGAUUGUUUGCAACCGUAAGGGCUAAAAUGAAGUAUUUUCUUUUUCUUUUAAGGAUAAUUUAGUAUUUUUCCCUCCUGUCAUAGGAGACAGCUGCUUUAGGCUGUUAGUUAAGAGUGAUUAUUCUAAAAGUAUGUGAUGAUAUAAUAUGAUAUACUCUUUUUUGGUAGAAUAAAGUCAUAGCAUAUUUACUGCAAAUAAUCAGCGACAUUACCAAAAUUGCUCAUGCAGACUUAACAACUGAUUAUGUUAACAAUUUUGUACCACUAGUAAAUUUUGUGCCACUAUUAAACACAUGCAUUUAUAGAUGAAAUAUAAGACAGGUCCUGUCAAGCAAUGUUAUGACUCUUGCAGCAUUAAUCUCCUGCUUGAGAAACUGGAAGCGCAAGUGAUAGCUUUGCUUGAAUUUUCUUACAAAGUGAGAUGAAAAAUAAAUGGCAAAUGAUAAAUUAGAGUCUGGAUUAUUAGCGAUACUGUCUUUUAAAGCGAUUUGUUAGCCUCAGCUGAGAAAAAUCAUUGAAAGCUUGUGCUUGUUUUUGGCUUCAUUCCCUCCCCUAGUCUCAAUGUUUUUGGGGAAGAAUCCGGGUUAUUUUUGAUUGGAAGCAAAGUAUCCAAGCAGUGACUCAAAUCC